CUGCUAUUGAAGAAGAUGUUGUGAGAUACAAAUACGUGAAGAAGAAGGGCUAUGUGCGACUUCACACUAAUAAAGGAGACCUAAACUUGGAGCUGCACUGUGAUAUGACACCCCGAACAUGUGAAAACUUUAUCAAAUUGUGCAAGAAGAAUUAUUAUGAUGGAACAAUUUUUCACAGAUCAAUUCGUAAUUUUGUGAUCCAAGGAGGUGAUCCAACUGGAACAGGAACAGGCGGAGAAUCUUACUGGGGAAAACCUUUCAAAGAUGAAUUUAGGCCCAAUUUGUCCCAUACGGGACGUGGUGUUCUUAGUAUGGCCAAUUCGGGACCCAACACAAACAAAUCGCAGUUCUUCAUCACAUUCCGCUCUUGUGCAUAUCUGGACAAGAAGCAUACAGUUUUUGGAAGGUAAGUGAAGGGUAUAAUGAACAGCAGUAUAGCAGACAUGCUCUCCUGUGUGUCUGAAGCCUGA